UUAUUCAUUCACGAUUUCAGUUGAGCUAUUAUUAACUAUUUACUCAAUUAUCGAAUAUUAUAUUUUGACGCACAUAAAUAAUGUAAUGAUGAAAUUCGUUGCCUCUUUGUAACUGUUAUGGUAAUUCUCAUACAGUGUAUUUUCUCGUUUUGUUCAUUACAAUAUAUUGCACUUAAGAGGAGGAUUUAACAUGGCGACCGUCGCGCAAGAAACACAAAGGCUUGUUAUUUCACAAAGAAUCAUUCACCACACGUUGUAAACUGACAGAUUUUGGCACAUCGCACAUUUUUCUUAAGGAUUCCCUUACCAUAUUGAACCACUAUGUUGACUUAAUAGUUUAUAGAUUUAAUACAAAGGAGGAUUUUCUUUCCUCCUCGAUUGUGCUAUUUCACAUGAGUAAAAAUAGAAGAGAAAGAAAGAAAAGAAAGAAAACAGCUGCAUGUUUUCGCGCGUGAAGCUCUUGGGCAUAUUCUGUUCAUCAAGACAAUCGAGUGAACCAAUUCACUUCAUUAAUAAGUUUGAGAUAAGCUUCUUCUGGUUUUGGUGUUAAGACAACACAAGGCGUGAAUGUCAGCAGCUACUGUCACUAUCAGCAUUAUGCCUGUCCGACACCAUGGGCCUUGUGGUGUCAAUACCAACUGGAUAAGCAUCAUGAAUAUGCCAAACCAAGGCGCACGGCAGGUGUUUCUUUAUGAUCAUGGGCGCCCUCACUGGUCUCAAGGCGGACCCCUCUUCUAUGACCGGCGUGUCCCUCCACCACCCCCCCAAAUGGGCAACUUUCCAAACCCCCAAAUCCAGGGCCCCUCCCCUCAGUGGGUAAGGGGCCCUUUUAUUGGAGGUCCAGGUCCUAAUCAACAGCAGUUUGAUGGGUUUGGUAUCAUACCAUGGGGCAAUCAAGGAAACUUCAACAACUAUAACAGGCACAAUAAUAACCGUCAUCAAGGUCGCAAUGGUGCUGGUGGAGCUCCUAGAAAUAAUCGCAUGUUGGCUAUCAAUGCUCGCAACAAUCAUAGACAGCAGCACAAUGACCAAGAGGUAAGGUAUCUGUGCUUUAAAUGCGGGGACUACUUGCAAAAUUCCCCUGAAUCUGGAGUCCAUUUGUGUGAUGCUGGUGGCCAGAACAACGACUCACGUCUACACUCACACCAGCACCAGAGCCAUGGGGGAGUUGGUGAUCUACAGCACUACCAUAGUGAGGACCUGCAGGCCAGGCUUAAAGCCUUCAUGGAGGAAGCCAAGGUUGCUGUCAGCUCUGAUGUGAAACUGUCUCAAGAGGAUGUCCACAAAGUUUGUUUGGAAAGGGCAGAAAAGUUUCUUUCUCUCUACAGCCAGCUGCAGAGUGAGCAGUUGUCCUUGCAGCAGCAGCAGGAAUCACUAGAGGCACAGAAGAAGGAGCUGGAGCAGAGAGAUGGGGAGCUAGCAGCUUUACAAAGUCGCUUGGAAGAAGACAGGAGCAAGUUAUUAAAAGAAUGUAAAAAAGAAAGGGAAGAAAUAGCUCGCAAGUGGCAAGAAUUGAAAGAUGAAAUAAGUCGAAUGGAGGAAAUGCACACAAUGCAGAAAGGGCGUGUACGGCUUGAUGUGGGAGGCAGUGUGUUCACAACCUCACGUUUAACAUUGACUCGGGAUGCAGAUUCUAUGUUGGCAGCCAUGUUCAGUGGCAGACACCACAUCACACAGGAGGCUGAUGGUACAGUGUUCAUAGACAGGGAUGGUACUCACUUCAGGUACAUCUUGAAUUACCUGCGUGAUGGUGGCGUGAACCAAGACAGUUUGCCCAGGGAUCGCCAAGUGCUCAAGGAACUCAGAAAUGAAGCUGUCUAUUUCCAGCUCAAUGGUUUGGUUCAGACCAUUGAGAAGUUUUUGUAGAAUUAGCCAUGAUAGAUUGGUGUUGAGGCUUGGACAACCUUUAGUCACUAGCUCUAAUUGUGUCAAUAGUUGAACAGCACAGAUGCUGCUAAUGGUCAAAGGCACAUCAUUUUUUGUAGUUUGUGUAUCCAUGUAAAAAGUGCUGUGCUUUUCAUGGCCUCAUCUGAUCAAUGUACUACUUGUGUUUGGUAGAAUCUGUGCUACAUCUUGAUGCCUACUUUGAUCUCGUAAGGGUUUAUUUUUUUCGCAUGUUCAUCAUGAAAGUAAUUCUUACAUCUGCAAUAAGUUUAUUUUUGUAACAUCUUGUUGAUUUCCAAAUCUCUCAAGGCUUUAAUUCUCUCAUAUAGCUAUUGGCACAUCUUCAUUAGCUAUGGUUUAGAUAUAGCUAUUGGCACAUCUUUACUAGCUAUGGUUUAAAAACUGGAGAACAAACAAUUGAAACUCAAAAACAAGUCUACUGAAGUAUUAUUGUUAAAUGAGACUGAGAUAAAAAGAGAAAUGAUUGCAUACACAAGUCAAGACAGAACAUCACUAGAAACAUGAGACGACGACAAGCACGAAGUUCUAAACAGUCCUGGUUGAUAGAUUUAGGAACAUACCAUUGGAUUAGCAAGUCAAACAAACAACAGCGGCACUGAUUCUUUGUUCCAUUGAACAAUGAUUUUGUUUUUAAUCUUUGAAGAUUUGUAUCAAGUUGUUGCCAUGUGCUUCACUUGCUGUUUAGUCCAGUACUUUUAAUAACAUCAAUUCUGCUUUUAAUUACUACAUUUUUAUUUUUUCUUUGAUUAACAAGUUAAAGGUUUCUAACCUUUUAUAUUUGCAACCCUUUUAACUGAAGAACAGUUGUCUAUUUUAAGUUUACAACAAAAUUGUUAGCUAGUAAAAAUGAAUGCAACAAAUGUUUGUGUAUGGUGUUAAGAAGAAACUAUUGAAGACAGUGCCAAAACAUAGUCAACUUUGUGGAAUGGCUCAAAUGGCAGCCCUCUAUUUGUGUUUCUUUCUUCAUUGUAUUGGUGCUUACUUUCAAAACAUUUCCCUUUCUAAGGAAAAUUCCUAACAUUUUUUCUUCAAAUAGUAUUUUUAGAUGUGUUAGAGAGACAGUUUCUCCAAUGUGUAUCCAAGCACUGUUCUAAAGUUUCUCCAUACGUCUGUAAUUAACUUUCUUUUUUGACAGUGGCACACCUUGUGUAAUCUUCACAUAUGAAACAAAAAAUAUGUCCACCUUUGUUAUUAACAAUAUCUUUUGUAUCAAGUAUUCCAGUUGCUAGUUUUGUCUUAAUAUAAAUAUAUCCAUAUAUAUCUUUAUAUUGAAGCUAUUGUAUUGAGUCUUGAAGAAAAUGUUGUACACUUUGCAUGCUGUAACUGGUGGUGGUAGUGUUGAAUCCGUCUAGUUCAAUUGGUUUUUUUCUCUUGUAUCUUCUAUACAUUUUGGUCUCAAGUUUUGGACUCACUUGUUUUAAAUUAUUUCUUCAAUUUUCUCUUCCAUGCAAAAAAAAAACCAGACAAAUGAAUAUUAGUCUUGCAUUUUGUGUCAAACUUUCCUUUUUAUUUACAAAGCUUGAGGAAACUUUGACACAAAACCACUUGUGCUUCUAGAUGACAAAUUCUCCACUUAUUCCUACUCUCCCAGUUAAAGAUAUCUUUUUUUUUUUUACCUUGAAUAUCAGUAUUUCAAUUUUUUUCAUGUUGUGAGUAGUUGCCUUAAAUUAGAAGCUUGCUUCAACUGAUGAUAUUUAUUUAUUCCACAAUCACCUUGUUACCAGAGUUUUUUAAACAAAUUUUUAUCUCUAUGAUUACAUUUGAACGUGUGCAAGUGGGUAAGCUGCAUGUGGUUGUGCUGAUCCUGUGGGUUAUGCUCCCUGCACUCAGCUGCUAAUCACAGCGCCUGCCCAAGUCUUCUCAUUUAGCUCUCCAUAUCACGUGUACUGUUGCUUGAUGUUAGCUAGAUUUUUUUUCGUUUGGGCAAGAAUGAAUUUUUUUUCAUCUUUAAUUUAGCUGUGAUAAAAGUUACUUUCAUCUUCAUUAUUGGCCAUGAUUGUUGUUUUUUUUUUUUUUAAAUUAUAAUUUUGCUUUAUUUUGGCUGUUUUGUAUAGAUGAAGUUAAUGCCCUGCUCUUACUGGUGUCACACAUUUCUUAACCCCGACCAAAAGCUGUGAGCACUCUGUCAUGUUUCUCUUUAGGUUUGAGCAACAGUUGUGUUGGGCGGUGGUCACAGGAGUAUUUUGUACAUUGGGAAUGUAAUGAAAGCCUUCAAUGCAAAAGUCUCAGGGUCACCAAGAGUACAUGCUGUGUGCCAUCCACUCCCAACACCCGCUCCACUCUCUGGGGCUACAGCAACCAUCAUCUAUUGGAUUUUGUUGCCUUGCAAUGCCAGCUUUUUUAUUUAUUUUGGCACGUCUGCUUCAGAUGUUAAACAUUGUCAAGAUUUUUACUCUAGCCAUUCUUUAUACUUAAAAGAAAGAAUUAUUUUUCCUAAUGCUUUUCACAGUUGGGGCUAUUUAAAGUAACGUUAUGGUAGUCUUGAUUAUUUUAUCAAAAAAUUGUUCCUAAAAAGUAUUUUGGCUGUGUGAAUUUUAAUAACUGAUUGCUCAUUUGCUCCCAUUUCUAACCGUAUGUAGCAAUGGUAUAUAAUAGAGCUUGUUUAACAGUAUGGGAUAUAUAUAUAUUUAUAAUGUAUAGCUUUUUUUGAAGGACUAACACUGUUGGCAAUGAUAAUCAUGAAUUCCAUUCUAUAAUCUCAUUAGCUUUUGUCUGUAGAAAUGUUGUAUUUCCUCAUUAUCACUAUUAACAUAGCUACCUUUGAUAUAUUCAUACAGAUAAUAGAAUUUGCUUUAUAUACUCAUAUUUUGGAAUUUUGUUACGGUUGACAAUUGAGUUUAUUGCUAACUUUAUUGUCACGGUUGACAAUUGAGUUUAUUGCUAACUUUAUUUUCAACCCCCUUGUUUUGCUAUCACUUUGUUUACAUUUGUUGGAGUAUUAACUUUUUUAAUUAACCUCAGCCUUUCUCACUUGAUACGACCUAUCUGUCUCUGUGUAAAAUGUUUGAUGAAAGUGGAUGUUGCCUUACUGGCUCCAGCUUUGUAACUCAAGGCAUCUCUAUGUGCCUGCUUCAUGUCACUGACUUGUGCUGUUAGAGUGACACACAAUGUUGUAUUGUGUGAGGGAACCCCAGGACACAAUGUUGUAUCAUGUGAGGGAACCCCAGGACACAAUGUUGUAUUGUGUGAGGGAACCCCAGGACACAAUGUUGUAUUGUGUGAGGGAACCCCAGGACACACAAUGUUGUAUCAUGUGAGGGAACCCCAGGACACAAUGUUGUAUUGUGUGAGGGAACCCCAGGACACACAUUGUUCAUGUGAGGGAACCCCAGGACACACGUAUUGUGUGAGGGAACCCCAGGACACAAUGUUGUAUCAUGUGAGGGAACCCCAGGACACACAAUGUUGUAUCAUGUGAGGGAACCCCAGGACACAAUGUUGUAUUGUGUGAGGGAACCCCAGGACACAAUGUAUCAUGUGAGGGAACCCCUUGUAAAACAGCAGCAAUUUCCAGGACACCUAAUGUUGUAUCACGUGAGACCUGUUAUAAACUUAGCCAUAUUCCAGAUAUUUUUGUGAUUGUUUGCCACAGCAGCUCUUUGUAUCAUAGUUUUUGUUUUGAGCAUGACAAGAAAAUAUCUUCCUUUUUCUCCAUUUUACAGUUGUAAAAAAGUUUGAAUAUUUGAUCAAAUAGCUCUAAGCAAGCAGUGAAAAAAGUAUUUAGCAAAUGGCAGGCCAUGAUAUUUGCAGUGAGAGAGUUUGCAGCAGCUGUAGAAGCUCCACUAUGUGUUCACUUGUUUGCUCUAGAGAAGAUAGUGUCUCAGUGCUCUCCUAAUGGGGUGGGCGCAGUCGUUGAACACUGCUACUGGAUUCAGUGCUCUCCUAAUGGGGUGGGCGCAGUCGUUGAACACUGCUACUGGAUUCAGUGCUCUCCUAAUGGGGUGGGCGCAGUCGUUGAACACUGCUACUGGAUUCAGUGCUCUCCUAAUGGGGUGGGCGCAGUCGUUGAACACUGCUACUGGAUUCAGUGCUCUCCUAAUGGGGUGGGCGCAGUCGUUGAACACUGCUACUGGAUUCAGUGCUCUCCUAAUGGGGUGGGCGCAGUCGUUGAACACUGCUACUGGAUUCGGCUACUCAUGGCCUAAAUUAAACGGGACCUUGGGAGAAGUCAUAGAUUCGCAUGUCAUUUUUAAAUCCCCCCUCCUCCCUGGAUGAUUUGUGAUUUCUCCUCACUGUUGCACACACUUGUCUUGUUUCUUCCCUUCUCCGUGUAUAGAGCAUACGUAGGCAGCUUAUUUUAUAUAUACUUAAAGCUCAAAUCAGGACAACUUGAGACUGCUCCUUGUGUUUGCACUUAUACCAAAUGCAAUAAAAAAAGCAUUAUUCAUUAGCAAAUAUUUUCUCACAUUGUUACUGAUAAGUGCUUGUUACAAUGGCACCAUGAUGUGUACCCAAGGAAAUUUUUGUCAUGUUUUAUUCCAACUGUUUGCUCAGUGCUGUUCUAAUGAGAGAUUUACAUUUGAUAUCAUAUCGUAGCAUUUUAACAAGCAUUUAUUUUUUCCACACUGAUUUUUUCACAUGUAUUUUUUUUCUUUCUAAUCUUAGCUGUCGUAUGUAUUUGGGUGGCCCAUAUUACUGGUGGUAAACAUUAGUCCAUAUUUAUAUGUAAAUAUUAUAUAUAGAUGAUAUAUUUUGCAAUUGUGAAGAAUAAUCAAAGAUUUUUCCUGUCUCUAUAUUGUAAUGAUGAUGAUUUUUUUUGUUUGCUAGUCAGGUUGUCUUACCUAGUACAGCUUUUCAUGUGUGUAUCCAUGCAAGCUCCUAUUUAUAUUCUGUCUUCCUACACUGCAAUCAAAAGGCCUUGUGUUUUAGUUCAUCCGUUCUGUGACCCUAGCUUUUGUGUGAAGAGCUUUUUAUUUUCACCUGGGGGACCUUCUUUAAAUGCAUUGGGUAAUUUAUCAGUACCAAUUUCUGUUAAAUGUAACCAGUUACUUUGCCAAUUUAGGGGAUUUCCAUUUAUUGAUUUUUACUUUUGAGAUUUUUUCUUCAGCUUGUCAAUGAAGGUUGGUGUCCCAUUUUUUGCGCUGCUCCAUGUUAUUGUUUGAUUUCCAUUUCUCUUACUGCCAAAGAUUUGGGCUUGUUUGGUGCAAGCAGCUAGUUUGUUUGCAGUGUGAGGUCCUACGCUAGUUGCCCAUGGUGCUGUCCCAUCCCUGGGUUGUAUGGGUUCACUCAGGGUUUGUGAGAGCCAUAGAAAGAUGUAGGGCCUGGGUUGUAUGAAGCUCCAGCUGCUAGAGAGAUGUAGGGCCUGGGUUGUAUGAAGCUGCUAGAGAGAUGUAGGGCCUGGGUUGUAUGAAGCUCCAGCUGCUAGAGAGAUGUAGGGCCUGGGUUGUAUGAAGCUGCUAGAGAGAUGUAGGGCCUGGGUUGUAUGAAGCUCCUGCUGCUAGAGAGAUGUAGGGCCUGGGUUGAAUGGGUUCACCCAGGGUUUGUGAGAGCCAGAGAGAGAUGUAGGGCCUGGGUUGUAUGAAGCUCCAGCUGCUAGAGAGAUGUAGGGCCUGGGUUGUAUGAAGCUCCAGCUGCUAGAGAGAUGUAGGGCCUGGGUUGUAUGAAGCUCCAGCUGCUAGAAAGAUGUAGGGCCUGGGUUGUAUGAAGCUCCAGCUGCUAGAGAGAUGUAGGGCCUGGGUUGUAUGAAGCUCCAGCUGCUAGAAAGAUGUAGGGCCUGGGUUGUAUGAAGCUCCAGCUGCUAGAGAGAUGUAGGGCCUGGGUUGUAUGAAGCUCCAGCUGCUAGAGAGAUGUAGGGCCUGGGUUGUAUGAAGCUCCAGCUGCUAGAGAGAUGUAGGGCCUGGGUUGUAUGAAGCUCCAGCUGCUAGAAAGAUGUAGGGCCUGGGUUGUAUGAAGCUCCAGCUGCUAGAGAGAUGUAGGGCCUGGGUUGUAUGAAGCUCCAGCUGCUAGAAAGAUGUAGGGCCUGGGUUGUAUGAAGCUCCAGCUGCUAGAGAGAUGUAGGGCCUGGGUUGUAUGAAGCUCCAGCUGCUAGAGAGAUGUAGGGCCUGGGUUGUAUGAAGCUCCAGCUGCUAGAGAGAUGUAGGGCCUGGGUUGUAUGAAGCUCCAGCUGCUAGAGAGAUGUAGGGCCUGGGUUGUAUGAAGCUCCAGCUGCUAGAGAGAUGUAGGGCCUGGGUUGUAUGAAGCUCCAGCUGCUAGAGAGAUGUAGGGCCUGGGUUGUAUGAAGCUCCAGCUGCUAGAGAGAUACUAUGUUCCAUGUAGGCCAUCAAGAGUAGGCUGCUAUACCAAGAAUGCCUUAUUUCUUCUAGUGUUGUGAUCUUGCUUUCUUCCCUCAUUUCUCACCAUAUCAGAUGAAGAAAUCAUAGAGAAUAAUUUUUCAAACUAUUUAUUGAAAGGCAAUGUUUACAUGGCAAAUAGCUAAAAGAUAUAAUUCCUUUUCAAAUGUUUGAGAUGAACAGGCGCCCGCUAUUUUGGUCAGCUUUUUCUUUCCUUUAAUGACCGGUCUUUGCUUGAUGUUUCACUUUUUAAACUAAGAUGUAUGUUGUGGAGUUUUGAUUCAUUCUAGCUUGUAUUGGACUUGUCCCCAUCAUUAGCCCACACUGCACCAGUCUCAAGGGGUGAGUCAGGGAUCUUCCACUUUGAUGCUUGUAAAAUUGGCAUGUAUCCUGUACUUUCUUAUGCUGUUACAUUUGGACUCUAAAAAAAAGAUUGGAUUCCCCAGUUGAAAUUGCCUUCUGUAGUGUGGGUGGUGAUUAGCAGUAGAUGCACACAAAAAAUGAUUGAUUCAACUAUUUCUUUCCAUGCCAUGAACAAAUGAGAGUGCUUUGUUCUUUGAUUAGAAUGAGUUUGCUCAACAUGUAUAUGCAAUAAUUGUUUGUUUUGUACUCACCGAGCUAAGCUAAUAGUAUUUGGGACAUCUUGACAUCAGCUUUUUUUUAUACUCAGCCCAGUAUUGUAGAUCCCAAGUGAACUGUCAGUGGUAGCCUUAAUGUUGGUCCAUUUCUUAUUUGAUUACUUUUUAAUUCUUACCAAGAUUGAUCAAAAUGUUUAUUGUGCCGUGCUUCUCCAGUUUGUCAAAUGUACUUGUCACAUAUUUGCUACAUAUCAGCUUGCAUGCCCAGUCAGUUGGGGAAUGUCUCCUAAGAUUGCCACUAUUACAAGUGUAAAAACCAAAAUGUAUAUUCUGCAACUGACAUUAUACAUCAACUGUGACAUUUAUUCAUUAUUUAGUUUUUUAUUCUGCAAGAGGGCUCCUUAUCUUGAACCACUCCUAACCAUUUUCAGCUAACCAGAUAUUAAUUGUAAGGUUCUACAUUGUCACUGCAUGCCUCUAUAGUGACGCGGAUCUUCCAUGGUGAAAGAUAAGGAGUCCUCCCCUGGUAGCAGUAGCCUUUUGUUAUGUGCUGAAUAUACUUUGAUCCAGCCACCACUGGCUUUUAUUGAGUACAAGUUUGCUCUGGCUAGCAUCUCUUAAGCUGGUCUUUGUAAGAAAACACUGGACUCAAUCCCACUUUUGGCAAUAGAGCAGAAAAAAAGCAUAAUCAUUUUUAAAAAUACAAUCCUUUUGUGUUCAUUGACUUGAUCCAAGUAGGUUCAGCAUCAUAAAAGUUUUUAAGUGCUAAUUAUUAACAAUAUAUAUGGUUGUGAAUUUUCAUUUUUUAGCAGUAUCAUAUUGCACGUUUUUAUCUCUAAAUCUUUAUUAAUAUGAAUGUCAAAGAUAAAGGCAUAUUCUAUUUUGUAAUAGUUGAAUUUUAUAAAGCAUUUUUAAGCAUUCACAACUGCUCUGAUGUUGUCAUUGGAAUAGUUUUCUAUCAUGGGAUAGCACCUUGGGUGUAGUACAUGAGAGAACUUUCUUCCUUGCACCAUCUUCACACACUGUGGGCACUGUAUUUGAUUUCCUUGCCUAUUGAAGGACAACUUGUUUUCAUUACCAAAUAUUAUCCACAUAUUGAUAUAUUGCUAUAGCUAUUUACAUCCAUAGAGGUUUUUAAUAUUACUAGUAGAUUCCUAUCUAUUUUUGUACUGUAAAAUAUCCCACUUAUAUUUUGUCUGUUAAAUUAGCAUUGAGUGGUAUUUGAUAUUGUUUCAAAAUUGAGUGCAUUGUCUACUACCAAAGGCUACAUGGUUUGACCUUAUAUAUGAACACAAUUUUUUAAACACUUUUUGCUUUUAAGUUUUUAACAAGUUUUAUCAAUUUAAAUUUUUAACUUGACAUUUUGGGAGGUUUUAUUUUAAUUUAGAAAACUUUUGACUUUCAAAAACAUCCUUCCAUUUUUCUGUAAGAUAGAUAGAUUUUAUUUAAAUUUGUAAAGAAUGUUUUUCAAUACUUCUUAUCCAGAUUUAUUGGGUUGUUUCAAGUUUGAGCAGUUGUUCAAUUGCUUUUUCAACUUUUCACGUAUAAAACUAUUUGGUACUUAAUUGGGUUAACCUUUGAACUUCACUUGUAGAUCCUGUGGAUAUCAGCCUAAACACAGCUUGUUUAAAUAACUUGAAUCAGUAGAUGCAGCUUUUUUCUAAUAAUCCGAGUAAUAACUACAUUUGCUGACUCACACUAUUUGGAAUUGUAUUUUCAUAAAAUGGCUUUAAAACAUUGUUAGUUAAGGGGUUGGUUUUUUUUCCCAUCACCUGUUUUAUCAUUAUAAUAUUGCUAGCUAGCUUGUGUGUCUAAGAUAAAGGAGAAUUGUUAUCAAAUUUUGUUCAUUUAGUUUGCGUGUAUGAGUGGUGUAGAGUUCCUGACCAGCAUAGUUGUCUCCCCUUUGUUACUUAAUUGGUCAUUCCUUUUAUCAAGAGAAUUGUAAUUUCCACACCAGCUUCAAUUGACUAGAUAACUUUGUUGUUAGUUUAUCUGCUUUUAUUUUUUUACACAUUGUUCCCUCGUUUUCUUUUGGUCAUGCUGUGUUGCAUUGGAAAAUCAAUUUGAUUUUUUUUUUUUUUAUGAUUACAUUAUAUUAUACAUACUUAUAUUUAUAUAUACAAAGGACCACAUUUACCUCCGCUAUUUGUUGUUUACAUAUUAUAGUGAUUUGUGAAGGCUCAUGUAAUCGGUGCAUUUUAAAAUUAGAACUUUAAGAGGGAGAAUUGUCACAUCCUUAUUGGGUAAGAAAAUGUGGGUGUCCACUAGUUGAAGUGGUAUUUGAUGUAAUAAGCUCAUGGUGGGUGAGCAAGAUGUGACAGAGCUGCCUCAUCACGUUUGUUCAACUUUUCCAGCAUUUUAUUUUGUAAUCUUAACUCUAUUCUAUAACCCACAUCUUGUGUUAAGCCCAGUUAGCAAAAUGAAUGCAUCUUCUCAGUAGAUAUUCCAAAUAUUCAAUUGUUGAUCUAUUUUUGUUAUAACUUGUGUGGUAGUCGUGUGUGAGAAAGUUGCUUUAAAAGUUGUACAGCUUCAACAAUAUCGAUUGAACUAACAAAUAACAAGGUUGUUUGAUAGCUUUUUUGUUUUUAAAAAGUAAUACCUGUCCCACAAAAAAUGGAAAUAGUCAUUUUAUUCAACUAUUUUACAGUAUUCUUUUUUUAUGAACUAUUUUGAUGCAAUCAAUAUGACUAAUCCGUCUCAAAAAGUGUAUGCACUUUAACAUGAUAAUCUUUACAAAGCAUCAGUUUUUUUCUAAAUUGCAAAUUUUCUCAUGACAAAACUUGAAUGCAGGAAAUGCUUUGUUUUUCACAUUGAUUUUUUUAGUACAUUCUUAAUAUUCCAUAUAUAUUUUAACCCUCAUUUAAGCACAAAUUAUUUUGAACAAGAGAUGAACCUGUAUUUAUUCAAACGGUUAUUCCCCAUUGUGUGUGCUGUGAGUAUACAUCUCUGCUGUUCUGUGCUAACAUAUAUCAAGUUUGGAUCUCUGUGCAAUAAACCCUGUAGUCCAUUUUUUUUAUUUGCCAUCUUCCAUUAUGUAUUUAACUGAGCUAAACCUCUCCUACCUAAGUGUUUAACACCUAGUUAACUGAGCUAAACCUCCCCUACCUAAGUGUUUAACACCUAGUUAACUGAGAUAAACCUCUCCUACCUAAGUGUUUAACACCUAGUUAACUGAGCUAAACCUCCCCUAAGUGUUUAACACCUAGUUAACUGAGCUAAACCUCCCCUACCUAAGUGUUUAACACCUAGUUAACUGAGCUAACUUCUCCAUUUACUUACCAGAGCUUUGUGUAGGCGGUGAGAAAGUUUCCACAUAACUGUCUGCCUGACUGAGCCAGACCCAUGAAUACCCAAUGUCCUUUGUUGAUUGUUACUUUAGCUCUCACCAGUUGCUGUUACUUGCUUAUUUACUUUGAUAGGAUUUACUUUUGGCUUUACAAAUUGUGUCUAGUUGCUGAGGUGUCCUGUUUGAACACAUUUUUAUAAUCAGUCAGUUUACUUAAAACUUUCUUAGCAUGAACUUUAUUUGUUUGUUAUUUUUAGCAGUUUAAAAUUUGUACACAUUGUUAUGCCUGCCAUCCAUAGUAUGAAGGAGCUACAAAUUUUCUUUGCCUUGGGGAAAGGUGUAUUUAUGCAUAUAUACAUAGAUGUGUUUUUACGCUUGAGUAACCUCUGUAGAAUGGUGGAAAAAGAUGCAUUCAUUUUGAUGUAGUGUGUACAUGUGUUGUGUCAGUCCAGUUUUGGGUGUGGUGACAGGACAGCUUUGGGUGUCGUGACAGCAGAUUUGACUGAGGUUUCCAAUAGUUAACAUUAGCCAAGUGCAAGAUGGUGUUGCUGCUAAACAUGGAGCUGAAACCUGACUUGUCUCAAAGGGCAGACCAACCAAAACCCUCAGGAGAUCUGUGCCCCACCCACCAACCAUAAUAUUGUAGCUCUAGUUUAGCUCUCAACAUGUUGUUAUAAUCACUCCUAUAUUGUACUUUUUUUUAGUCCAUUCAAUCAUUUCUUUUUGAAGUUUUGUGUGUCCAUGCUUAGGAUGUGGGUUACUUAAUACUAAUGCUAGAAUAUAUCAUUGCUAUUGUUAUUUAAACUAGAGCAGAUAUUAUAUUAAUAUAGUAUAUAAAUCUAAUGACAUAAGGGUUAAUUCUGGUGCAAACUGAAUUAGAUAUUUUAAAAUCUAAACUUAGUCAUUCUUGCUAUUGUUAUCAAUGGUCACAAUAUUUUUGCAUUUUCAACUCUGUCAAAAUGUAAUGAAGAGAGACUACUACUGCUCUUGCUAUUUUUUCAUGUGUACUGUGUGUGUCUAGUGGCAGUCGUUGUAUGGUCAGUUGUUAGUCCUGACUUGGUCUAUUAGCAUCUUUAAGCUUGGAAUCACUUUAAUAGCUGUUCAGAUGAAAAUAUUUUGGUGUUAGGAAAGCAAUUUGCCUCAAUAUUUAGUCACUUUAUCUCCAAAAAUUGACCUUUGACAGCAGAGAUUUUUUUCUUGGGUUCAUUCCCCAGUAUAUAGUGGUUAAAGGUUUUUUUCAUACAUUUUAUCAGUCUGUGGCAUGUAAUUGGAUUUAUUAUUAGAUAGAUAUUAUAUUACACAUUUUAUUUAUAAGGACCAUUUUUUUUCUUUAAAAUUUUUUGAAUGAGGAGAUUACUUUCAUACAUUUUUAAUUUUUAGUUGUUGCACACAACAGCCUAACUAUCAAAGUUUUUAUAUUGAAAAUAAUUCAAAGUGAUGGAUUUUGUAGUCAAAAUUUAAAAAAAAAAAUGUGAUGAACAGAAACCAUCCUGUCCAUCUUUCCAAUAAUUUUUGAUUGCUCUAAUGACGUCAGCCAGACAGUAUCUUGAGGGAUCAUCCUUCUGCCUGUCAGUAUUAUCCACAAUCUUUUGGCCAUUAUGGUUAACUUGUAGUAUGUGCUGGUCUAUUGUAUUCAACAUGUACAAGUACUCUAGCUAUCAUGUAUUAUGUCUAAGAAAGACAAGUUUUGGUCCUGUAACCUUUUGGAGUAAUGCUGCACCCCCCAAUCUAACCUGGAUGUUUGUUUCUACUUGCCAAGGUCAAAUAAAUA